AUGAAGAUUUUUAGUUGGGUUCAAAGAAAACUUAGUGGAAAGAAGCAUGAGUCACCUUCAGAUUCUGCUCAAGAAUCAUCAGGACCUGCUUCGAUCAAAGACCUCCAAAGUUGGCCUCAAGAUGAAGAAACUUUCUUAGCCAUUGGAACACUUGGAAACAAUAUCUGCUCCAACGAUGAAGAAGAAGGAGAUGCAGAUUCUAGCAAAGAUCUCACUGCGAGCUAUACAGAUGUCACUAUUGGAAAUAAGAAGUCACUGUCUUUUCUUCUCAAAAAGAUGUUUGUUUGCACAAACGGCUUCAAAAUUCCACCCCCUCUUCUCGAUUUGUCUAGAGGAGAUUCAUUGCCAACUACAAGAAUGGAAAAGAUGCUAAGGACAAUACUCAACAAGAAGAUACAUCCACAACAUUCAAAAUUCAAAUGCUAUAGCAAAGAAGUAUUUGGAGAGUCAUAA